AAGGAUUCUUUCAAAAGGAAUCAAAGCGACAUGUGAUCGCAGCAUUGCUGCAACUGUCUGCUCUAAUCUGCCAAACAGCUGAAUCAGUAAAUAAAUCAAAAGCGCGGCGAUGACAGCAAUACAAGCGACCAUCACAAUAAGAUGCGUGAUUAACGAUGGUUGUAAAAUUGUAUAAGGGUCAUCCCAAACGUGGGACACCAUAUGCUUUGAAUGGUUGUGUGUCGCGGACCGGGCGCGGAAGAAUCAAAGGUAAACCACAGGGCACCAUGUCACGUGGCACAACAGUGAAAAGUGCGACCCGACAGGCGCACAAAAGCGGGGGGAGAGGGGGCGUUCAAUGGGUGGAGGUAGAGGUAUGCCGAUGCUAAGUGGGACGGGACGGAGGCGCUACCCAUUCUGAAUGCAGACGAGCAGCAUUGCGUGCGUUGUUGACCUUACAGCAGCUGUAAACGCGUCUCCUGAUGCUUGUGCAUGCCAUUAAUAACAGGGUUGGCUGUUUACUUCUUUUAAUAUAACCUAUUGGUGAUUCCAUUUUUUUUAAUCUGACCCAAGUUUGAACCUGCAGUUACAGCAGGAUAUCAUAAUUUUAGAAUCUCUUAGCGAGCGGACACUGCCAUCCUUUGCCUGCCCACUCCGGGGGUUAAAGUCAGGCCAGUACUGUCUAUUUGAAUUUAACAAGUCCCGAAGGGUUUAAAAAUAUCCUAAAUAAUUGAAAUCGCGCCCAAGUUGCAGCGCCGAGUUAUCGUUAUAACAAUUUAAAGUCUAAGUGAGAACUAAUGCAAUGUUCGCACACACUAGGCUUUUAAUUAUUUCUAUCGAAUCUAAUAAGUAACUCAAACUGAAACUCUUACAUUUGCAGCACACAAGUCUUUCACCGCAAAAUGAAAAUUAGUUUACAAAAAUAUCAGAAAAUGGAUAAACCCGCCCCAGGCAUUAGCACCAACACCUUCAGUGUACGCUAGCAAAGUGCUUCUUACAAAGAACCUUCAAUGCUUCCUAUUGUGCUUGGGCAUUAACACCUUUUCAAAGUUAAAUCCAAAGGAUUGUCCACAUACUACAGGAGGUAGUAUUAGAAUGCGCUUAUAACAAAUGGUUAAGGAUUUUGGAGAGCGUCACCAUGUGGGCGGGGUCAGUGAAAAGGCACAAUCCACAAUUAAAGAUGAACUUUCUGUGAACUAAUUUAUCUGACCAAGGUAAAAAAAAAAGAGGCUGAGACCUGGAAAGCGUAUAAAAGGAGGCAUAAAAAGGAUCAAACUCUGUCGACAGCAAAACCUUUCAACAGUUUUCCUCCAUCACCUUAGUCUAAACACCAGCAUUGCUGCAGCUACUUUCAGAACACAAUGGUUUUGUACACGCUCUUUGCGACUUUUUUUUGCACCCUCGUGUUGCCACUUUUGUUAUUUUUAGCUGCAGUUAAACUAUGGGAAAUUUACAUCGUAAGUGGAAGAGAUCCUACUUGCCUGAGUCCUUUGCCCCCCGGUACGAUGGGGAUACCGUUUCUUGGUGAAACUCUUCAGAUGGUUCUUCAGAGGCGAAAAUUUUUGCGCAUGAAGCGCCAAAAAUACGGCUUUAUCUACAAGACACAUCUUUUCGGGAGUCCCACCAUUCGGAUAAUGGGAGCUGAAAACGUGCGACAGAUUUUGCUGGGGGAGCAUAAGCUUGUAUCCGUCCAGUGGCCAGCGUCUGUGAGGACCAUCCUGGGUUCAGGCACUCUUUCCAGUUUGCACGACUCUGAGCACAGAAACCGCAAGAAGGUGAUCAUGAGGGCGUUUUCCAGGGAGGCUCUGGAAUACUACGUUCCAGUCAUUGAGGAGGAGGUGAGAUGUGCAGUGUCAGAGUGGCUGGCAAGUGGCUCAGGAGUUCUGGUAUAUCCGGAGGCGAAGCGCCUCAUGUUCCGCAUUGCCAUGAGGAUACUCCUCGGGUUCGAACCCGAGAAGACUAAACGAGACGAGCACGAAUUGGUGGAUGCCUUUGAAGAAAUGUCUAGAAACCUGUUCUCUCUGCCCAUUGAUGUUCCCUUCAGUGGUCUAUAUCGGGGACUAAAAGCUCGCAAUUUCAUCCAUGCCAAAAUCGAUGAAAAUCUGAAGGAAAAGAUUUCCAACAACAACUUCGACAGUCAGCACAAAGACGCUCUGCAGCUGUUAAUUGAACAUGGUGAGAAAAACGGAGAGCGACUCAGCAUGCAGGAGUUGAAGGCAUCAGCCACUGAGCUGCUGUUUGGGGGCCAUGAAACAACAGCCAGCGCUGCCACCUCCCUGGUGAUGUUCCUGGGUCUGCAUCCAGAAGUCGUGGAAAAUGUGAGGAAGGAGCUCUAUGCUAAGGGAUUUCUCGGAAGCAGCAGCUCGGACAAAAGGCUAAGCAUCGAAAAUCUUGAGCAUCUUAAGUACACCGCGUGUGUCGUCAAGGAGACAUUGAGAAUUAGUCCAUCGGUACCGGGGGCUUUUCGAGUGGCUCUAAAAACGUUUGAAUUAAAUGGUUAUCAGAUUCCAAAAGGUUGGAAUGUUAUUUACAGCAUUUGUGACACACAUGAUGUUGCACCAAUUUUCCCCAAUAAGGAUGAGUUUAACCCUGAUCGAUUCAUGACAGAUCUUCCUGAAGAUGCAUCAAGAUUUAAUUAUAUUCCCUUUGGCGGUGGUUCAAGAAGCUGUGUUGGCAAAGAAUAUGCAAAAAUCCUUCUCAAAAUAUUUUUGAUAGAACUUGCAAAGAGUUGUAACUGGACUCUCUUAAAUGGACCACCCACGAUGAAAACGGGACCAACUGUAUACCCGGUGGACAAUCUCCCUACAAAAUUCAGCCAUUUUAUUGACAGCUACAAAUAGUCUGCUCUAUAGUUGUCAUUUUUUUUAAGUUUCUGUUUAAAUUUUAAAACAUUGUGUUGUCAUGUUUUGUAUUUAACUUGUGUAUUUAUAUGUCCUUUUAAAUGUUUUUUUGUAAAUUGAUGCACAUGAUGUGCAUAAAACAUGUACUUCUUUAAGCACUAUUUGUGAAAUUAGAAUUGUAUUUUCUUUAUAAAUUUAACUAUUCUAUUUAAAGUAACAACUAAACAUUAGCGUUGUAAUAUUUAGUAUGUUUACUGCAAUUUAUUUAAAUUAUACAAACUGUAUGGGAUUUUGGAAAUAAAUAUUUUUGAACAUAAA